UUUAAGGGAUAUUAAGUUAAUCCCCCCAAUAAAGCCCCAAAUAUAAUUAUCAGAAAAAAAUGGGGAGAUGAAGCAUGUUCCAAUAAGAACGUCUGUCCAUUCCGUUUAGAUGUCAAUUGUCAUUCGGAAACAUAUUUAUUUCACUGCCUCACACAGCCACGCCACGCCAGUCACAGACACAGGAUCCGUGUCCAACUCCAAACCAGGCCCAAGCCAGCUGAGGCAGGCAGACCGGGGAUUUCCCCCGGAACCGGCUGUGAAGCUUGCAACAGCAGGCAGGAGGGUGACCAAGCCCGGCCCGAAUCCAUCCAGGCGAAGACCAUCGUCAUCGACCAGUCGCACUCACAGCAACAAACAUGUCAAAGACAAAGAUGCUGAAUAGUGAUGUUGAAUUGCUUCCUCCUUGCGGUGGUCAGGAGAAGGCAUAUUCUAUUCUUCUAACUCCCCAAGCCAUCAGAUUCAUUGCCGACAUGGUUCUAGAGUUCAACAGCAAAGUAGAUCAGAUCUUGAGAGAGAGGAAACAGAGAAAGUUAGAGUUGGAUGCAACGAAUGCCCGACCAGACUUCAGAACAGACACCCUGCACAUCCAACAGGGGUCUUGGACUGUAGACCCUGUACCAAAACGUCUUGUCAACAGGCAUGUGGACCUUGGUGAUGUGUCCCCAGCAAACAUUGAACACUUUACAACAUCCCUGCAGUCCUCUGCUCAAGGUAUUCAGACCGACUUUGAUGAUGGCCACUGUCCUACAUGGCGCACACAGAUUGGAGGCCUUUAUAACGUGUACAGAGCAGUCCACAAUCAGAUACCAGGCGUACCUUCCAUUGAACAUGUACCCAUACUGAUGCUUAGACCGAGAGCAUGGAAUAUGGAAGAACCAAACAUGAUGGUAAAUGGGGUUGUAGUUCCAGGCCCACUCUUUGACUUUGCUCUCUUGAUGUACCACAAUGCAAAGAUUCUAUUGGACAAAGGUUGUGGACCUUUCUUCUAUCUUUCAAAGAUUGAAGGAUACAGAGAAGCCAGACUGUGGGACAAGAUAUUCACAUGGGCUGAGGUGAAGCUUGGUCUUCCCCUGGGCUGUGUGAAAGCAACAGUCCUUAUUGAGAAUGUCUUAGCAGCUUUUGAAAUGCAUGAGAUCUUGUACGAGCUGAGAAAGCAUUCGGCAGGACUCAACUGUGGCCUGUGGGACUACUCUGCUUCAUUUGUCAAUAAAUUUGGUCAUAGGCCAGAUUUUGUGCUUCCAGAUCGUCACAAGUAUGUGAACAUGGAGAGGCACUUCUUGAAGAGCUACCUGGCCUUGACGAUAAAGACCUGUCACCAGCGAGGAUGCACUGCUACUGGCGGUAUGAGCGCCCUCUUGCUUCCAUCUAAGAAAGGCCCAGAAUACAAUGCAGCAGUCGAGAAGGCAUGCAGAGCUAAAUUGAGUGAAAUCAAAGCUGGUGUAGAUGGUUUCAUGGUUUAUGACAUUGGAUUGCUACAACCCAUGCAACAGUUAUGGGCUAAAUUUGCCCCAUCUCCUAACCAACUUGCCAUUCUGAGGUCAGAUGUCAACGUUCAAGCCAAGGAUCUACUUCUCAUGCCAUCAGGAGGAGUUACACUGAGUGGACUGAAGACAAACAUUGCUGUAGGAAUCCUCUUCAUAGAUUCAUGGCUUAUAGGGAGAGGUCAUUUUCCCCAUUCUGGUUCAGUCGAAGACUCUGCUACAGCUGAAAUAUCCAGAUCACAGGUAUGGCAAUGGAUACGUCACGGAACUUGCCUUGAAGACAACAAGCGACCAGUCACAAGACGUCUUGUCAUUGAUCUCAUCCAAGCCUUCCUUGCUGAUAACAAACCUUCCUCUUCAGACAGCCACAGGAGAUUGAGGGUAUCUGCAAACAUCUUCCUUGAGCUUGUCACAAGGAAAGAUUUCCCAGAGUUCAUCACAACGUAUAUGAACAGUAACAUCUCUUUUAGAGCUGCAAACCAUUUGGAUUUUGCCAAUCUGACUCCCGUUUCUAGCAAUCUGUAAAUUUUCAUGAACUUGACCAUGUAGACUUCACUUUUUGAAACUGGAGACACAACAUGCAUUGAGAGCUGUUAACUGACAGCAGGGCAUUGCGCCAGUCUUGUAUUGGGACUCUAGAGCAUUUUGUUACAGCUUUUUAGCCAGGUAUUCUAGAUAAAUUGCAUUAUCAUCUAUAUCGAGUGUUUUAGCGUAUUUUGGUCUGCAUCAAUUGCCUGUGCAGUUUUAGAGCGCAUCCCUUAAUAAGACUGAAAUCCGACGAAUAUCCCAUAGGCUCCUGUACAAAAUUUGCUGUUGAGCAUGAGAUCAUAUUCAACAGUCUAGGAGGGGGUGGGAUAGAUGAUAAUUAUAUUGGAUGGCUUUAUUUCAUGAAGUACCAGAAAUAUUUCACUCGUUGGGCCAAAAUUCCACUUGUUGGGCCAAUAUUCCACUUACCUGCGAUUCGUGGAAUAUUUUCCCAAACUCUUGUAAUAUUCCUGGUAUUCCAUUCUGAGCCUUCCAAUAUUAAAUAAUUAUAUCGCUGAUGUGUUGGAAUAUAAUUCCAAUUCUGAUUGAGAAUUGUUUACUGUAUACAAGUAUAAGAAAACUCUGUACAAUAGUGUUGCAUUGAAUCCAGGGAGCUCUACAUAGAUUAUGACAAUGUUGCAUGAUGAUCCCAUGAUGAAAAUGUACUUUUAUGAAAAGUGGAAGUGUUCUCAAUGGAAGAGAAUUGGGUAACAUUGUUUCAAAAUCAUUACAACAUACUGCAUGAAAAGUAUUAAAUCUUUAGUACAAAGUUUCUUAGAGUGGGUAUUAACCGUUAUGUAGUUUAUCCAAUGUAUACUACUUUUCCAAUGCCACGUAAGGAAAUUUAACCAACCAGCUUAGCAACCAAUCAUUUUAUUUCUUCAUAUUUUCAUUUUUUUAAACAACACAGUUAAAGUGACUUACUGCAUGACACAUCAUGUACAUAAAUCAUCAAUAGACAAUACAUCUGUAUAUGAAGUA